AUGCAAGUAACCACAGAGAUUCAUUCAUUCUAUUUGAAGCUAAUUAUCAAGCAGGCAAUCUACAAAGCCAUAUCGUCACCUCUUCGUCGCAUCCCCGGGCCCUUCUACACCUUUUUUACGCGACUUCCUCUUAAAUUCGCGACCCUGGGCGGGAAGCAGCUGUACUAUAUCCACAGACUGCACCUGAGCUAUGGACCGGUUGUUCGAAUCUCACCAACAGAAGUAUCCGUAUCCUCAUUGGCCGGUGUCAGAGAGAUUCAUCGCAUUGGCUCAGGUUUCCUGAAAGCGGAAUGGUAUGAGAAGCUUACCCCCGAUAGAGUGGGUAUCUUUGCUAUGCGUGAUGCCAAACAGCAUGCGCAGCGGCGGAAGUUAUUUGCAAGGAUGUUCUCCAAAUCAGAGCUUCGCAGUUUAUGGGAGCCUCUUGUAAAGGAAAAGGUUGCGUUGUAUGUCUCUCAGAUCGAGGAGGAACUACGAAGGACAGGGGUCUGUGAUAUAUUGAAAUGGUCUACAUUCCUGGCAACAGAUGUGAGUGGUCACCUCAUGUUUGGAGAGUCCUUUGAUAUGCUACACCUUGGAAAGAAAAACGAAUACAUCAAGGUUCUGGAGUUGGCUCUGAAAGGUUCGGGUAUUGGUCUCGAAAUCCCACUCCUCAGGAUCAUCGGACCAUGGGUACCUUCCAAGUCUUUUCAGAAUUUGUUCAACAGCAGAGAAUUUUUGAACAGUUACGGUCAACGGGCUGUGAAGAAUAGCCGGAAGAAUGGCGAUUCCUCUCGCAACAUAUUCUCUGAUAUUAUCUACGAGUCCGAAAAAAAGGAAUCAUCCCUCACAGACGUGGAUGUUGCUAACGAAGCCGGCAAUUUGAUUGUUGCAGGUUCAGAUACGACUGCAGUGACGCUGACCUAUCUCAUUUGGGCAGUGCUAUCGCACCGCGAACUGCGCACGCAAUUGGAGAUUGAGCUGGCUGAGUUGAGUGCUGAUUUCGACCAGGCAGCACUUGAAUCGCUUCCACUGCUCAAUGCAGCAAUCAUGGAGACCCUAAGACUGUAUGGUGCAGCACCAGGAUCACUCCCUCGUACGGUACCUGAGGGUGGUGUGACAUUAGCGAACCAUUAUAUCCCAGCCGGAACGACUGUUAGCACACAAAGUUGGACCAUUCAUCGUGACGAGGCUCUCUUCCCUCAACCUGAGAAGUUUGACCCAUCAAGAUGGCUUCCAGGUGACAAUGAAGUCACCGAACAAGCAAGAAUAGCAUUCGCGCCAUUCGGUACUGGCUCACGAACAUGCCUUGGAAUCCAUCUAUCAUGGAUGGAAUUGAGGCUAGCGGCAGCUGAGUUCUUCAUACGAUGCCGAAAUGUGCAACUAGCGCCAAGUGUAACAAGCGAUUCUAUGAAGCCGGAGCACUAUUUUCUAAUUGCCCCCCAAAGUCAUAAAUGUGAGGUCAUGGUCAAAAUGUGA